CCAACAGGUAGUCUCGGGGUGUGUCCUCAUUUCCGUCAAGGUUGCAGGACAUUAAAGAAGCUGCUGGAGGGAGAGGCAGUUAAAGACGAGUACAACUGAGCGUGUAAAGUACACAGACAUGGAUUUAACUCGGUUAUUGACUCUGCUGCUGCUUUGCUGCUGCUUUUCUGCCUGUAAUGCUGAUGGUAGAGGACGAGGGUUCGUCGGACAUGAGGACCCUGAAGACUCUAAUCAAGUUAUUGUGAGCCCGGCAGUAGCUAACGCGCUGAAGAGUAAGCUCACCACAGUCUUCCUCCCGAUCGUCUACAUCAUCGUGUUCGCGGUGGGACUUCCUGCCAACGGCAUGGCCAUCUGGGUGUUCCUCUUCAGGACCAAGAAGAAGCACCCGUCGUCCAUCUACAUGGCCAACUUGGCUCUGGCCGACCUGCUUUUCGUCAUUUGGACGCCGCUAAAGAUCUCCUACCAUUUCAACGGCAACAACUGGAUCUACGGCGAGCCGCUGUGCAAAGUCCUCGUGAGCUUCUUCUAUGGCAACAUGUACUGCUCCAUCCUCUUCAUCGCCUGCCUCAGCUUGCAGAGGUACUGGGUAGUCGCCCACCCUCUGUCCCAGCAUAAGAGGAACAACAAAGUGGCCAUCGGUGUCUGCGUGGCCAUCUGGGCGUUCAUCUGGCUCACCAGCACGCCUCUGUACCUGUACGACCACACCGCCAAGCUCAAAGACCCCAACAUCACCACCUGCCAUGAUGUCAACGUUAUAGAGGACGCCCUCAAUCCGUUCCCGUCCGUGCAGCUCCCCUACUACUACUUCAUCUUCAUGGGUUUGGUGGUGUUCCUCAUCCCCUGUAUAGUGAUCAUCGUGGCCUAUGUUCUGCUACUCAAGGCUCUGGGGAACAGCAUGGAGGACAGCGCGGCCGGCAAGAACCGCCAGAAAGCCGUGGUGUUGAUCGUGAUCGUCCUGGUGACGUUCGUCGUGUGUUUCAUCCCCAGUAACAUCAUGCUGGUGGUGCACUACUCCCUACUGAAGGACGGAGUGGAGAACAACGGCUACGGCUUCUACAUCUCCACGUUGUGCUUGGCCAGCCUCAACAGCUGCCUGGACCCGUUCAUCUACUACUACGUGUCCGAGGACUUCAGGAACCACGUGAAGAACACUCUGCGGUGCAGGAGCGCAAGGACUGUGGAGAGGAUGAGGGUUUCAUUCAGCUCCAUGAAAUACUCCAGGAAGACAAAGUCAUUCAUGUCGGAUAGUGGGAACACGCAGAGCAGCAGCUGUUAGAAAUCAGAUCCAUAUAAAGGAGAGACACUGAUGGGAUAUCAUGCCUGUUGUUUGCAAAACACGGCAUCGCCACGCAGACCCUGUGGCGCUGAGACACAGUAGAUAGGUCUGUAAUAAUGGACAUAAAGGCCCAUCAGUCAUAACCACAUAACCUCAACACAUCACACAACCAAAGAUGAACUGUGAAGAUAAUUGUGCUGGGAUGCGAGCGGAGUACAUUUUAAGAUGUAUAUGAAUUCGUUAUGAGCUGUUGUUUAGUGUUCAAACGUGAAACAUGAACACACAUUUUCAUUUUUUUUAAUAUAUGUAUAUAUAAUUGGAGAAAAAGCCUGUUAAAGACUGAUAUUUAGCUGCACAAAAUGUGUUUUUUUCCAAAGAUUGUGACUAGUUAACUGCACUGAAGACCAUUUAAAGCAAAUGAACAUCUGUAAUGCAUAAACCAGAUGUGUUCAGAGGAAUAGAUCAAGUGAAACUUCAGUCAAAUCAUCAACUUUAAUAUGAAUUCCUGUUUUUAUAUCUUGCCUAUUCGGCACAUUCCUGCAGCCAACAUGUUUUUAUCCCGUCCUUUUAAACCACAUGUUUUAAAUUGUUGAUUUACUUUUAAGUUUGAUGAGAAACAAGGUGGAACUGUUACAUAGUUUCUUAAAUAAAUGAUAAAACAACAGGA